AUGGACAAAUCGACGAUAGAAGCACUGACCAAGAAGCUCCAUGACUUCGGCCUACUCGAGAAGCAGGCCCUGGAUACUGCCAGGAACGUGCCACUCGCCACCCAGUUCAUCAGCUUCAUCGAGCCCACAGUUGACACAGCCGCCCCGCCGAUCGACAAGUCGAAAGCUAGCUUGCUGCUCAGAUGGUCGACCGCCGUAGUGUCCAAGCUGAAGGAAAAAUCGCCAGAGAGGAAACAGAUCGGUGCCCGGCACAUUUUGAAUGGGAAUCUGGCUGCCCCUGCUCAAGUCGAUGCUGCACUCGAAUUCUUAUCUGUUGGAGAUGGACCCGUCGAUGAAGAGGUCUUCAAACAGGAGUGUGGCGUAGGCGUGUCGAUGAGCAAGGACGAAGUAAAAUCGAUCGUAUUAGAAUAUGUGAAGAAUUCGGAGAAGGCGCAAGAAUCGAAAUGGGCGUCGCUAGGAAAGACGACGGGCGAAUUGAAGAAGCUUAAUAUCCUGAAAUGGUGCAAUCCGAUCGACCUCAAGAGCUCAGUCGACGAGAGUUUUCUGGAGCUCUUUGGGCCAAAAGAUUCCCAGCCGACUUCCACGUCUGCUUCCAAGCCAACAACAGCCACAAACUCAAAAGCCAAGAAGAAUCCAGGCUCAGAUUCGAAGCCGGCUGCUGCUCUCUCCGCAUCCAAAGAUUCACCCUCCUCUUCCGAGCCUAGUAUCUUUGAAGUCGGGAUGCUGAGCCAACUGUAUCCGCCCGGAGGGAACCCUCAAAAAGAUCCUACACUCAUUCAGGAACAUCUCAAGGCUACCGGUGGCAAGGUUGUCACUCGUUUCCCGCCAGAACCUAAUGGAUUCCUUCAUAUCGGACACUCCAAGGCGAUAGCAAUCAACUUUGGCUAUGCGGCCCACCAUGGCGGAAAGUGCAUAUUGAGAUACGACGACACAAACCCCGAGGCAGAGGAACAGAUUUACAUCGACUCGAUCCUCGAUAUCAUCCGCUGGCUCGGCUUCGAGCCCGCCGAAAUCACCUACUCUUCGGAUUACUUCGGCAAACUCUAUGAGCUGGCCGAGCAGCUCAUCCUGAUUGAUAAAGCUUAUGUCUGUUUUUGCACCGGCGCCGAGAUCAAAGCCAACAGAGGGGGUGAAGAAAGAGGCCCCCGAAAAGCCUGCGCCCAUCGCACCUUACCGGUCGAGACCUCUUUGUCAGAGUUUCGGAAGAUGAGGGACGGCCACUAUCGACCAAACGAAAUCAUCUUGCGGAUGAAACAGGACCUAGAGGAUGGUAAUCCACAGAUGUGGGACCUCGUCGCUUAUCGCGUCCUUAAUGCCUCCCACCACCGGACUCGAGACCAAUGGAAAAUUUACCCCACUUACGAUUUCACACAUUGUCUGGUUGAUAGUUUUGAGAAUAUCUCCCACUCACUCUGUACCACUGAGUUUAUCCAGUCGCGUGUUAGUUACGAAUGGCUGUGUCAUGCACUGAAUGUAUACACGCCGCGACAAACGGAAUACGGACGGUUGAAUUUAGAAGGCACGGUGAUGUCAAAGCGGAAGAUCAUGAAGUUAGUGAACGAGGGGCACGUAGAAGGCUGGGACGACCCGCGUCUGUAUACGUUGAUAGCGUUGCGACGGCGAGGGGUGCCGCCGGAGGCGAUCCUCAAGUUCGUCAAUUCUCUGGGAGUGGCGACGGCGGUUAGCAACAUCGCCAUCCACCGCUUCGAGCAGACCGUCCGCCAACAUCUCGAGCUCAGCACCCCGCGCUUGAUGAUGGUCUUGAAGCCGAUCAAGGUCACGAUCGAGAACCUGCCUGACGAUCAUCUCGAGUUCAUCGACCGACCCGUCCACCCCAAAGUGCCCGAAAUGGGCAGCGUCCGUGUCCCGUUCACCAAGGUGAUUUACAUCGAGAGGGACGACUUCAGUCGAGUGGAUUCCGAGGACUUCUUCCGCUUGACCCCUUCACGCUCAGUCGGACUCUUCCAAGUUCCCUACCCUAUCAAAUGCAAGUCAUGGACCACCGAUCCAAGCUCUGGGGACGUGACUGAGCUGGUAUGCACAUACGAGAACGACCGGCCGGUGACCAAGGCCAACAAGCCCAAGGCGUACAUCCAUUGGAUCGCCCAUUCAGAAAGCCUCCAUAGCCCGGUCAAGGUCCACGAAACACGGAUCUAUAAAACCUUGUUCAAGUCCACCAACCCGGCUAGUCUGGAUGACUUUCUGACGGAUGUGGACCCGAAUAGCUUGGAGAUCGUCCAUGGAUCCUUGCUCGAGACCGGUUUCUGGUCCGUCUGUGAACGCUCAAUCCAGGCCGCUCUCCUCAAAAGCCCGGCCAAGAAAUCAGCCUCUGCCGAGAUCCCGCAGCCGACCUCGGAUUUGAGUGCCGUCGGGCUCGAAAACGUCCGGUUCCAGGGAAUGAGGACGGCGUACUUCACCCUCGAUAAAUCAUCCUCCUUGCAGCCUGUCUCGGCAACCCCCGUCUCUGACUCUCAGGAUCAACCGCACUUGUUUGAUCAUCAUGGGCCUCAGAAUCGUUUGGUCCUUAAUUGGAUCGUCUCAUUGAAAGAAGAUUCCGGCAAAAAAACCGGCUAG